UUUUUUUUGUUUUUGCCCUAUUUUUAGUGUUGUUGCGAUUCAUUGUUGAUUUGAAUGAGCGAGCAAUUCAAUGGAGAAGGAGAACACCUUCGAUCCUGAUUUGGUUCACGAAAUUUUCAAGCUUGUUUGGAAAAGAAAAGCUGCAGAACGUGGGAAAAAUGAAUUAUCUGAGAAUAUAGAGAACGAGGUUGGGGCUAGCUCAUCAAAGAGAAUUCGGCCUACUUUUGCCAAUGCAAAUGCACUGAAGCUGAGCUCUGAACUCCUCCGAGUCUUUGUAGCAGAAGCUAUACAACGUGCUGCUACUAUUGCUGAAGCUGAGGGCAGUGUCAAAAUCGAAGCAACUCAUCUAGAGAGGAUACUUCCUCAGUUACUUUUAGAUUUUUAAGGUUACUUGAACAGUUGAACAAGAUAUGAAAUUUAUAAAGUUAUGUCUGUAGAGUGCAAAAAUGGGGUUUAUCUUUUUCAAAAUAGGAAUGCGCCACAUUUCUCCUCUAAACAUGCAAGAUGUUGGAUGAUUUCUUUUGUAGCUGUUGGACUAA